UUGUAAGCCAGGACCCACCUGUAUUUUGUUACGUUUCUUCUUCUUCACAGAGGGGGGUUCGUCCGAACCCCUUGAACCCUCUCUGGAUCUGCCACUGCAAAUAACGUCUUAUUUUGAUUGCUAAUCCCCACGAUAGAGUUUGGGCCGUAUUAAACCAUAAAAGCUAUCCCCUUGAACCCUGGGAUAUUUAUUCCGGGAUGUGACCCUAAUCAAGGCUGUUGUAUCUUGUCGGCCCCUUACCUUGAACAGGGUCCCUGGUUUGAACCCCCUCAGACAAAUUUCUGGAACUACCACCACCCACCACUGCUUUAUGACAUUGGAAAAAUCAACCAUGUAGUCUAAAUAGUAAAAACUUCAACUUCAACUAUAGGCUUAUAAUGCUACCCGGCCAAGUACCGCCGCCAGGAUUAUAAGGUCUAUGGGGAGGGGAUGUGUGGGGUGUUAUUCCCAAUUAAAUGGACACCUUUGUGACCAAAAAAGUCUCCCCUUAAUAGGGUUGUCUUCUGAAUAAGGGUACCCCUAUUCAUGGGACACUAAACCAAAUACAUGAAAUUAUGCCCUUAAUAAGGGUUUUUGACAUGAUUUCGUACAAUGGACAUAGAUUUGACAAAACUUUCAUGUUACGUACUACUGGUUAAGCUUUUUAAUUCAGAGUUAUCGACAUUGUUUUACAUUCUUUAUUCUUAGCCAUUCCGACCCUCUUAUUGUUUUUGAUCUAGUGUCGGUUGUAGCAGUAAUAAUAAUAAGUAAAUGAACAAAUUUUAUUAGACAUAGAUGUUUUAUAAGUUUAUCUUAUUGAUAUAAAAAUGAAUUAUAUUUGAAUUAUAACUAAUUUAUAACAAUAAUUUGUAGCAAAAAAUAAUUCAUUUAUGAUAUAAAAUCAACAUAAUAUGUAAAAAUACUAAAUUUGUAUGUUCCCAAUAUUGUUUCUUGAAAUCCCCAUGUUAAUAGUCAAAAUUGACAAUUGUAUUUAUACGAAAUAACACAUGCCCUAGGCCUACCAGUGUUCAUUCUAAGGAUUGAGAGAAAAAAUAUCUCGUAUUUUAUGUUAAGUUUAUUGCUCAGAAGGUGUCAAAAUAUAAAUAUGAAUGAUUUUUUUCUUAUUUGGAGAAGCUGUUACUUAGUUGUUUUGAUUUAUUCCUCCAUGUUUUGAUAGAAUUAAAAAAAAAUUCAGUAUGUCCCCGGUUAAUAGGGGUUAAAUUGUAUUGAUUCUACCUUUUACUCAUGUUAGCGUAUAUAUUUCCACUCGCAUCACGGAAAAGCGUCCUUUUAAAUGAAAUCAAAUCAAAUCAUUGGAUUGCAUACUUCCCCUUCGCACUCAUUGAACAAAACAGUUUAUCGCGUCAACAAGUGAAAACCGAAACAUAGAUUGUGACGUCACGUGCUUAGUCAUUGGGGAAUUCCCAAGAAUGUACGCCAAUCAAUAGACAAUUCCAGUACUGUAGUAACCAAGAAGAAAAUCAGUGUUGACGCCAAGUCUGGAAUACGGCUUGUAAAUUUAAGUUACAGGUGGUUGCAAUGGCAUUAGAAAUUAUUUCAGCAGUAUUAUCUCUUUCUGAGCAAUGUUAUAAUAUUGCUCAGCAAGUUAAACAAUUUAAAGGUGACUCAAAGCGAUUGGCAGAUAGAGUACAAUUAUUAAAUGAACCAAUUCAAUUGGCCAAAAGCCUUUCAUCUGAUAACCAAUUGAAUGACUAUGACAGGUUCUUGAAUGAAUUGGAAGAACUAAAAAAUUGCAUAGUUGAUAUUAAUGAAUUCCUUCAAAGGAUAGCAGAAAUGACAACUUGGAAAAAGGUUUGGGAAAAAGGUGAUAUUGCUGGAGGAUUUAAUGAUUUUAAUGCCAGGCUUGAUGAUUUGGUACCAGGACUGAUACUGAUUAUGGAGAUUGAGAAAAGAGAGGAGUUCAUGAGAAAAAUGAACGAAGUUCAGGACACCCAGGACAUCAUGUUAGAUGAUGUGGAAGAGAUAAAACAUUGGACGUCAAAAGGGGUCACUGGAAUUGAAGACAUCAACAGGAAAAUGGAUAAACAGAAUUCACAAAAUGUGCCACAGGAUUUAAAAGAAAUAAAUAUUCAGGAUUUGGAACAGAUGAAGAAACAACCUAGUUUUGAGGAUGGCACGUUUGGGGAACUGUACAUUGCCAAGUACAAAUUAUUUGGUGGAAAAGUAGCAGUUAAAAAAUUAUUUGAAGGCCAAGAUAUUAAAAGAAAUUUGAGAGAAGAAGCCAUGAAACUGAAGAAGUUUGAUUCACCAAACAUUGUCAGGCUUUGGGGCAUUUGUACAGAAGGAAAUAAUAAUAUGAUUGUAUUUGAAUACAUGGAAAAUGGGCACUUGAGAAAGUUUCUUGAUGAAAAUAGCCAACUCACCAAUGCACAGAGACUUCAAAUGGCUUCCAAUGCUGCAUCCAGCCUUUUCUAUGUCCAUAAUCAAAAAUGGCUACAUCGCAAUCUGACGUCAAUGAAAUAUCUUGUUGGCAAUAACUUUGAAGUUAAGCUAAGUGAUGUUGGCUUUUCUAAGACAUGGGAGUCGGCUCGAAAGUAUAGUACUGUACAAUCUCAAGCAAAACGAUAUCAUGCCCCAGAGCUUUUGAAAAGUGCUAAACAAGUGUAUGAUUUUAAAUGUGAAAUAUAUUGUUUUGGGAUUGUCUUAUGGGAGAUAUUUACUGGAAAGGAGCCAUACAAGGGAAUGAGUCCAAUGGAUAUUAUGGAGAGUGCAAAAAAAGAGGAACUGCUGCCUAUGGAUAAUUUGGGAUCACAUGGUGAAUUGAUUUCGAAGUGUAUGGCAGGUAAUCCGCUUGAAAGGCCAACCAUGAAUGAGAUUACUGAUGAAUUGGAAGCCAUAAAGCAUCAAGAUUGUGAACAGAAAACUGUAGAAUAAACAAUUGAUGGUUACAGGGCUUCCAAGAAACAAAAUAAAAUAAAGAAAUAAGAAGCUUAGAU